CACCACAACGACGCCACAGGCUCCCGCAGCCGCUCUGCUCGGAAAGCUUGCUGGCUCUGGUGAGCACUGCGGUCCCAAACCUGUAUAAAAGGGAGGCUUGCGCCCCCAGUCUGAGUCUUUAUCAUUCACUUUUACUUACAUUCUACGCGGCGAUCUUCGUAGACUUCUCUUUCCAACUGCAUCUUCUCUUGGUCCAGCGCAAGUUCGCGGUCUAACCUUUUGUACUCUAAACAACUUCAUCUUCACCUUUUGUUCGAUAUUCCAACAUGAGCCCUUCUCCUUGCUCUGUUUGGGGAAACCCCGACGCUCCCAAGCGUGCCCUGCUGGUCCAUGGCAUCACUUGCUCCUCUCAAAUCUGGUGUCACGUCGCCCACCUCCUGGUUGACCAAGGCUACUACGUCGUGGCACCCGAUCUCCUCGGCCACGGCAUCGCCCCGCGUGCAUCGGAGUACUCCUUUGACGCCCUCGUCAAGGCCCUUGUGCCCUACGUCUCGCCCGUCUCGCCCGACCUUAUUAUUGGUCACUCCCUCGGCGGCCUCGUCACCCUUGGGCUCAUCCAGUACAUCCCCGAGGAGUCGCAGCCUGUGCACGCUGUUAUCGUCGACCCGCCGGUGCAUCUGACGACAGAGCAAUAUAACAUGUAUAGGGUCAUCUUCACGGGUGCUGUGCGUGAGCCCCAGGGAGCGGAUGCGUACGCGAAGAUGUUCCCGAGGUGGCAGCUGAGCGAUGCUGCGUGGAAGUCGUUUGCAGAUGAGCUAUGCGAUCCGGCUUGUGUCGAUGCGCUCUUCAACCAACACUUCCCUUGGACAUUCAAACAUGUGCUUGAACAGGCGCCACACGACCACGUCCGGCUUACGAUGCUCGGUGGUGACCUCAGCUGUGGUGGAGUGUACCAUAGCGGGCUGACGAGCGAGUUUGAUCAUGUCAUCCCUAUGAUGGUGAAGGGCGCUUCGCAUUGGGUGCCUCUGGAAGACCCCAAAGCGAUCGUCGACGUCGCUCUUGCUGGUGUAACGUACGAGGGCGAGUCAGACGUUCAGCUCACGAUCGUUGAGGAGCCGCGGGCUCCUACCGAGUUGGAAGUUUCAGUGUCGGUUGGCGUUCUUUCUUAGAGUCCUGGAUUGCGUACGCCUGGGAGAUUCAGAGGCUAGUAUUAUCUUUGUUGAUUCUUUCUCGCACUUAUCGUAGCUUUACACAGCGACAUCCUGCUAAUUUUGUGCGUUCUUAUAUGUUUGUAUUUCGACUAUAAAGCGUUAUAUCUC